UUUAGCUGUGUUGCAAUAUAGGAGAAAUUGCCAGAUAAGGAUUUAGAAGGUACAAGAUUUGUCAGAAACACAUACUGUUGUUUUUCUAUGAUUUUCAUGUGAUGUGUAGUAAAUUGACAAGUUUGUCUGAUAACAAAAACAUUUAAGAUUGAUUUCAUUUAUAGGUCUGUGCCGACAGUUAGUAGAUUUUGGAAUCAAUGCCGACAGCAUGACAAAUUCAUUUAGACAGCACCAUUGUUUUUAGGGCAAGAGUUUAUAACACAGAUAAAACAAGUGGGGCGUAUGCAGUGCUGCUCAAGAAACUAAAAUCUGGAAAGUUUUUUAUGAUUAGAUUAAAAGAAAAUGUGGAGACAAGAAAUAUAAUUGUGAAAUUAGGAUUCUUGUUGGUAUGUAAAUUCUGCUGAUAAAUUUCCCGACAUUUGGUAUAAGCUUAUCAAUUAUUACACAGAUAGGUUAAAACCUGCUUUAGUAGAUGCUUUUGUUGUCAAUUCUAGUGGUAUGAGAGUGCCAAGAAAAGAACAAUUUGUUUUCUUGAAACAGGCCAUUAUCCUUUGUGGGCUCAUGCAUCAUUGUAACAUGCUGCUACUGCUAACCUUAUUUAUCUAUGUAUCCCCUGUUCUUAUGUAAUGAUCAUUUCUCUGGUCAGUGCAUUGUUUUUUUAUUGCCAUUUUAGGCUGCCUGUACAAUGAGUUUGGUGGAGUUCUUGAAAAGAGGUAUGAUGGUGUGUUUUUAGGCAGGAAAUGGUGUUUGAAAAUGGUGGCUGGAGAGUAGUGAUGAAUGAUGGAUAAUACUAGGCAGAGAAGAAUUGACAAAAAAUAUGUGAAGGGAAAAGAUGUGAAUGUGAUCAUAGCGCCUACUGUAGAAGAAAGUGAGAUGCUGUAGCUGCUUUAUUUUCUUGUCCAAAAAUGACUAAACUCUUUACUCCAAUCACAUGCACCAAGUGGAACUAUAUCAUAAUGGGAUUCUAUGGUGCUCACACUCCUUGCUACUCUCUCUCUCUCUAGGUUAUGCCCAAAUCUAUCAACAUCACACCCAACAUAUACAGUUUAAAUGGGCAGAGAAAUCCAAAACAGUAUCUUCAGUUAAAUAACAGCAACACAGUCAAUCUAGUCAGUAGUCAGUCUCCUUAUUUUACUCAUUACCAAAAAUUUUCUAUAUAUAUGCAGUUAGCAUGGUUGCCAGCUUUCACAAAUUCAGCCUUUUCUAUUAACCUUUUUUCACUUGAAGAACGUCUUUUAAGACCCUUCUCUCCCCCUUUUUACUUGUAUGAACGCUAAGCUCGAGCUCGAUCCGAUGACAAGAAUGUCGAUGCCCGUAACGACGCUGACUCCGCCUUCCAAACAACCAUCCCAAAUCAUGAAAAACAGUACUAGUAGGGAAGGCCUCACCACCACACAUGAUCGCAUCUUCCUCGGCAAGAACGCAUCGGGAGACAAAGAGAUCGACGUCUUUGAUGCUCGCAAAUACUUCAACGAGGGGCUGAACCACACUCCUAAAAUCUGCACCAAGAUCGUGCCGAAUCACCAUCAUGAUGAUCAUCAGCAGCAGCCGCAGCUCAAGAAAGAUGUUCAAACAGCAGUGAAGGAGCCCCCGAGUGCAGCGCUCAGCAUCCGCUCUCAGUCGAGCUGGAACAGCCGGAGCGCCCUGAUCCGCACUGCCUCGGGAAGGCAGCAGCAGCUGAGCAAGAAGAGCUUCCUUGGCAGCAUUGGCUGCAACUGCUCCUGCUUGAGCUCCAGCAUCAUCGGUGGCAGAUCAAAACCAGAUAACAAAACCAGUGAUCAUCAUUUCAUCAAGAGAGAGAAACAGGAGAGAGAGAGGGAGAUCACAUUCACAGCAGCAAAUCCACAUAAAAGGGAACAAGUGUUCAACAUGGACACCAACCUAACCAUGCUCACUUGGGAUGCAAUCACUCCCUUAUCAGUAGCUGAGGAGCUCAAAAUCCCUUCAAUCUCGAGUGAGAUGCACGAAGACAGCAACAGCGAUGCAAGCUCCGAUUUGUUUGAAAUCGAGAGCUUGUACAUGGACAACCCUUUUGAUCCCACAACAUGCUAUGCUCCGAGUGAGGCCAGCAUAGAGUGGAGUGUUGUCACUGCCAGCGCUGCAGAUUUCUCCCUCCUUUCGGAUUCAGACGAUGUAUCCUCCACCAUUCAAAGGAAAUCAGGCUUCAACUCGAAGACUGCUUCAAUGCCAAAGAUCCGGCCGAGUAUUCUCUCAGGCUGCAAGAGUCAGAAAGCUGUUAGUGUUGCCGGAGAUGCACAGACAAGACGGCCCCUUACACCGAUGACACGGUUCCAUGAUGAGAACAAGCUGAGCUUUGAUGCAAAGAGCAGGCAGAGCUCACUCGAUCACCGUGUUAUGCCUCAACCAAGAUCUGCAAUGUAUACUUAGUCAAGUUUUUUCCUCUUCAUUUUUUACCAAGUUAGCUAUUUUUGAGCAACAACAUAUGUUCAUUAGUAAAUAAGUGGUAUCUAUCUUGUCAUGUACAAUCUACAACUAAGACAUCACAUGCCUAUACAUUGUGUAAAAUUUUGUAUUAAUGGCAGGGCCCUUCCUUCAAGGAGACAGCCA